AUGGCUUCAAAUCACCCGAUAAACUGCCCACCAUUUGAAUUCUCUGCAAAGUAUUAUCAUCACCAUGGAGAAAGUGGCAGUUGUGUGAGGCAGAGCAGUUUUUUCGGAGGCAAAGCCGUGCUGAAUCAAGGGGUUGGAUACUCUGUUAUUCUCGGAUUUGGAGCCUUCUUCGCUGUUUUCACCUCUUUCCUGGUAUGGCUUGAAAAGAGAUAUGUCGGAUCUCGUCACACGUCGGAAUGGUUCAAUACCGCCGGUAGAAAUGUCAGAACGGGCCUCAUAGCCAGUGUCAUCGUCUCCCAGUGGACCUGGGCUGCUACAAUCUUACAAAGCUCCAAUGUAGCUUGGGAAUAUGGAAUUAGUGGCCCUUUCUGGUAUGCAAGUGGGGCUACAAUCCAGGUUCUACUGUUUGGUGUAAUGGCCAUCGAGAUCAAACGAAAAGCUCCUCGCGCACACACUGUUUGUGAAAUUGUCAAGGCGAGAUGGGGCACUGCAGCUCAUAUUGUUUUUCUAACAUUUUGCUUCAUGACGAACAUUAUUGUGACUGCCAUGCUCCUUCUCGGAGGGUCGGCAGUCGUGAAUGCCCUAACGGGCGUGAACAUUUAUGCUGCGAGUUUCUUAAUACCUCUUGGUGUUAUAGUGUACACGUUAGCUGGAGGCCUAAAGGCCACCUUUUUGGCAAGCUACAUUCAUUCUGUAAUAGUGCAUGUGGUUUUGGUCAUAUUUGUGUACCUAGUGUAUGUUUCGAGCAGUGAACUCGGUAGCCCAAGCAUUGUAUACAGACGCCUGCUCGAGGUUGCGAGCAAGGCACGAAACUGUGAAGAUCCAAUUUCACACGCCGGGCAAUCUUGUGGGCCCGUAACAGGUAACCACAAAGGCUCUUAUGCCACGAUGCUCAGUUCCGGAGGGCUUGUCUUUGGCAUAAUCAACAUCGUCGGGAAUUUUGGUACAGUUUUUGUUGACAAUGGGUAUUGGGUGAGUGCCAUUGCUGCUAGGCCAUCUUCAACUCAUAAGGGCUAUUUGUUGGGUGGAUUAGUGUGGUUUGCUGUACCAUUUUCUCUUGCAACUUCACUUGGGUUAGGAGCAUUGGCACUUGAUUUGCCGCUAACGGCAGCCGAGGCGAGUCACGGGCUCGUCCCGCCUGCUACAGCAAUUGCCUUGAUGGGGAAGGGAGGAUCUAUACUUCUGCUCACCAUGCUUUUUAUGGCCGUCACGUCCGCGGGCUCCUCCGAGCUAAUCGCCGUCUCAUCCCUAUGCACGUACGACAUAUACCGCACUUACAUAAAUCCCUGCGCAACCGGGAAACAAAUCCUCAAAGUGUCGAGGGCUGUUGUCCUAACCUUCGGUUGUCUCAUGGGAAUCCUAGCCGUCAUCCUAAACAAAGCCGGUGUGUCCCUCGGUUGGAUGUACUUAGCAAUGGGUGUCUUCAUAGGCUCCGCCGUCAUCCCAAUAGCCUUCUUGCUCCUCUGGACAAAAGCAAAUGCAAAAGGCGCCGUUUUCGGCACGAUCAUCGGUUGCUUGCUCGGGAUCACGACUUGGCUCACGGUCACCAAAGUUGAGUACGGGCGAGUGAAUCUCGACACGACCGGGAGGAAUGGGCCCAUGUUGGCCGGAAACUUGGUUUCGAUACUCGUGGGUGGGUCGGUUCACGGCAUAUGCAGUUUGAUGUGGCCGCAAGCUUACGAUUGGGGGACGACUAAGAAAAUUACGAUGGUCGAGAAGGAUGAUAAGAGCGAUUUGUCGGCCGACGAGUUUAAGGAGGAGAAGUUGAGUAGAGCAAAGGGGUGGAUUGUGAAAUGGGGUGUUGGGUUUACUUUGGUCAUUGUUGUGUUGUGGCCAAUCCUUACUCUCCCUGCAGGGCAAUUCAACGAGGGAUACUUCACAUUCUGGGCAGUGAUUGCCAUUGCAUGGGGCACAAUUGCUUCGGCCGUGAUCAUAGCUUUGCCGUUGAUCGAAAGUCGGGAGACGAUUCGAAACGUAAUUCUUGGCAUGUUCACGAACGACAGGUUAAUGGAUAAAAUGGAAGAGAUUGAUUUGAAGCUGCGAACGAUCAUCUCGUCAAUGCCGGAAGUGGAAAGAACUUACUUGCUGGAGAAAGAGAAGAUGAAGAAAAAAGAAGCCUUGGAAACAGAUCAAAUUCAUAUCUUGCCAGCAUAA